AUGUUGGCCAGCACCCAAGCCAGAAUGGCCCGUACGGCCAGUGUGCGCCAUGUCGCCGCCGCAUUCAUUGCGUCCAGAGCUUUUUCCCGUUCUAUGCGCUUGAGAAAUGAAGAAGAACCUUUGGUCAACUUGAACGACUUGCCCAGACAGUCUAAAAUGCCCAUCGAGGUGCCGUUGGUCAACCCGGCCGACAAGUACAAGGAAGUGUCGGAGGAGUUGCACAAGUUCGGAACAUACGUGAUGUCGUGUUUGCCCAAAUACAUCCAGCAGUUCUCUGUGUGGAAGGACGAGUUGACUGUUUACGUUGCGCCAACCGCCGUGAGACCAGUCAUGGUGUUCUUGAAGAACCACACGCCUGCACAAUUCAAGGCUUGUAUGGACGUGACUGCCGCCGACUACCCUUCCAGAACUAACCGUUUUGAUGUGGUUUACAACUUGUUGAGUGUUCGUCACAACUCCAGAAUCAGAGUCAAGACAUAUGCCUCCGAGACCUCUUCCGUGCCUUCAGUGGUGCCUAUCUUCCAGGGCGCCAACUGGUACGAGAGAGAGACAUACGACUUGUUUGGUGUGUUCUUUGAGGGCCACCCAGACUUGAGAAGAAUCAUGACCGACUAUGGAUUCGAAGGUCAUCCAUUGAGAAAGGACUUCCCCACCACCGGAUACACUGAAGUCAGAUAUGACGAGGAGAAGAAGCGUGUGGUUUACGAGCCUUUGGAGUUGACACAGGCCUGGAGAAACUUCACCGUAGGCUCCUCUGUGUGGGAGCAGGUUGGAGAGGGUAAGGACUUCACGCCUGAGUCUUUCAAGUUGCCAGUUCCAGAACCGGAGCCACAAGUCGACGAGGAGAAGAAGUAG